AUGAAGGCCUUUCUCGCUGGCGCCCGCAAGCGCAAAUCGGCCGAGGAAACGCCUGUACCCGUCGACGACAAUGAAGAGCCGACUGAGGUCAAGCUCGCGCUGCUCUCAUCGCUGCAUCCACAUAUUGAGCAGGAUGUCUUGAUGGACGUGCUGCUCGCCCACGACGGCUCCGUCGAGGAGGCCUCGGCCGCACUGCGCCACGGGCGCCCUCCCGCGCCCAGGUCCGGCGUUGUCGGCCAUCAGCAGUCGCUCAAGCAAUAUGCGCUGCCUGCGGGAAACUCUUCGUCAUCGCCAUCGCCGCUGAAGAAGAAGCUCAAGUCCAAGAAGGGCAGCACCCUGCACCUCUUUGACCCGGAAGACGUGGCCGAGCACACGCCCUGCACCAUCAUCCACAACUUCCUGCCGCCCGACGUCGCCAACGACCUGCUCAGAGAGCUUCUGGCGGAAUCGGAGACGUUUGAGCGCAUUACAUUUAAGCUGUUUGACAAUGUCGUCUCCAGCCCGCACACAUCGAGUUUCUACGUUGAUAGCUACGAAAAGAUGAUGUCGCAAAAGUCAGAAUACUACUAUAAUGGCGCGCAGCUUACCGAUGUUCGGCGCAUUACCCCGCAACUAUCGAAAGUAAAGCCAAUCGUCCAGGAGGCCGUCAACGGGGAGAUUCAGCAUCGUAUCAAGACUAGAUAUCCCGGCGGCAAGAAGCUCAAGCACCAGUCUCCCCACGCCUGGGUCCCCAACUCGGCAUUCGUCAACUGCUACGACGGCGCCCAGCAGAGCGUCGGAUACCACAGCGACCAACUCACCUAUCUCGGCCCGCGCGCCGUCAUAGGCUCCGUGUCGCUCGGGGUCGCGCGGGAGUUCCGCGUACGCCGCGUGCUCCCUAAGGACACGGCCGCCGCCGAGACCGACGCCGACGCCGAGGGUCAGAUUUCCAUCCACCUGCCUCACAACUCCCUGCUGGUCAUGCACGCCGAGAUGCAGGAGGAGUGGAAGCACUGCGUCGCGCCGGCUCCGUCCAUCGACCCGCAUCCGAUCGCGGGCAACCGCCGCAUCAACAUCACAUACCGCGACUACCGCGCGCGAAUGCACCCGUCGCAGACACCGCGAUGCGCGUGCAAGAUCCCGUGUAUCCUGCGCGUCGUGCAGCGCAAGCGGGAGAAUUUUGGGAAGUAUUUUUGGAUGUGCCAUGCGGGCAACGUCCCGGAUAAACAAGGAUGCUCGUUUUUCGAAUGGGCAGAGUUUGACGAUGAUGGAAAUCCCAUAUUCAACAAAAAGCUAGCAAAGCUCCCGUAA